AUGGGCGGCCGCCGCAAUGGAGAGGGCAUGGGCAGCGCCCCUAGUGGAGAGAGCAUGGGUGGCACUCGUAGUGGAGAGGUCAUGGGCAGCGCCCCUAGUGGAGAGGGCAUGGUUGUGCCCGUAGUGGAGAGGGCAGCGGCAGCGCCUGUAGUAGAGAGGGCAGAAGUGGUGCCUGUAGUGGAGAGGGCAAGGGUGCUACGUGUUGGGGCACUGGGCGCUAGGGCGCUGGCAGGCAGAGCUGCAAAUGAUACGUAUUAUAACCAAUGCAUCAAAUCGGGUGGGCAAUGUGGCUCCAAUUCCACUUCCAAUUCUGCAACCUUUGCUUGCUACCGCGCUAAUCGACCUUAUCCACUCGAAUGUAUUCAUAAUGGAACUGGAAUGGUAUAUGCCCCUCAUCUUCUUGGUCUUGUUUAUGUGAAAUAG